AUGACGCAACCAAACAUCACCCUCUACACGACCCAGACCCCCAAUGGCAUCAAAAUCUCCAUCGCGCUAGAGGAGCUUGGCCUGCCAUACAAGGUUGAGAAGAUUGACAUAUCUAAGAAUACCCAAAAGGAAGACUGGUUCCUAAAGAUCAACCCCAAUGGCCGCAUCCCUGCCUUGACAGACACCUUCAGCGAUGGCCAGGAGAUCCGGCUGUUUGAGUCUGGCAGCAUUCUGGAAUACUUGACAGAACAGUACGAUCCAGACUACAAGAUCUCAUUCCCCAAGGGCACGCGGGAAUACUACGAGAUGAAGAGCUGGCUGUUUUUCCAGAAUGCGGGCCUAGGACCCAUGCAAGGCCAAGCCAACCAUUUCUCGCGGUACGCCCCCGAGCGCAUUGAGUAUGGUGUGAACCGAUACGUCAAUGAGUCACGCCGAUUGUACGGUGUUUUGGACAAGCACCUCGCCGAGUCCAAGUCUGGUUAUAUUGUCGGUGACCACGUCUCUAUUGCCGAUAUCUCGCACUGGGGGUGGGUGGCCGCUGCAGGAUGGGCCGGUAUCGAUAUUGACGAGUUCCCGAAUGUUAAGGCCUGGGAGGAACUUAUGGCCCAGCGACCGGGUACUGAGAAGGGCCGACAUGUUCCUGCCCCUCAUACAAUUAAAGAACUUAUCAAGGAUAAGGCGGCUGUGGAUAAAGCGGCUGCUGAAGCCAGGUCUUGGAUUCAACAGGGGAUGCAGGCCGAUGCCAAAGGCAAAGUUUGA